CAGGGCUGAGCUGAACCAGGGCCUCGCCUCUGUGUUCCCCAAUCGCCAGUCCCGGAAGUCAGCCUCACGCAAAGAGGUCAAAGACGGUGCCAUGGCCGACGAUGAGGAGUACCGGAACCCCACAGAGGUACAGAUGAGCCAGCUGGUGCUGCCCUGUCACACCAACCAGCGUGGUGAGCUGAGCAUCGGGCAGCUGCUCAAGUGGAUCGACACCACAGCCUGCCUGUCCGCGGAGAGGCACGCUGGCUGUCCCUGCGUCACCGCCUCCAUGGACGAUAUCUAUUUUGAGCACACCAUUAGUGUUGGACAAGUGGUGAAUAUCAAGGCCAAGGUGAACAGGGCCUUCAACUCCAGCAUGGAGGUGGGCAUCCAGGUGGCCUCCGAGGACCUGUGCUCUGAGAAGCAAUGGAACGUGUGCAAGGCCUUGGCCACCUUCGUGGCCCACCGUGAACUCUCCAAGGUGAAGCUGAAGCAGAUCACGCCACGGACAGAGGAGGAGAAGACUGAGCACAGCGUGGCAGCCGAGCGCCGGCGCAUGCGGCUGGUCUACACUGACACUAUCAAGGACCUCCUGGCCAAUUACGUCAUUCAGCAUAAUCUGGAGAGCAGAGACUGCAGCUACAUGGUGCCGGCUGAGAAGACCCGCGUGGAGAGUGUGGAGCUGGUCCUGCCGCCCCAUGCCAAUCACCAGGGCAACACCUUUGGGGGCCAGAUCAUGGCCUGGAUGGAGAAUGUGGCCACUAUCGCAGCCAGCCGGCUGUGUCGUGCCCACCCUACACUGAAGGCCAUUGAGAUGUUUCAUUUCCGGGGACCAUCCCAGGUUGGGGACCGGCUGGUGCUCAAGGCUAUUGUGAACAACGCCUUCAAACAUAGCAUGGAGGUGGGCGUGUGCGUGGAGGCCUACCGCCAGGAGGCUGAGACCCAUCGGCGGCACAUCAACAGCGCCUUCAUGACCUUCAUGGUCCUGGAUGCAGAUGACCAGCCCCAGAGGCUGCCCUGGAUUCGGCCCCAGCCUGGGGACGGUGAGCGGCGUUACCGAGAGGCCAGUGCCAGGAGGAAGAUCCGCCUGGACAGGAAGUACAUCGUGUCCUGCAAGCAGACAGAGAUGCCUCUCUCUGUCCCCUGGGACCCUAGCAACCAGGUGUACCUGAGCUACAACAAUGUCUCCUCCCUGAAGAUGCUCGUGGCCAAGGACAACUGGGUGCUGUCCUCGGAGCUCAACCAGGUCCUUCUGUACACUCUGGAGGAUGACAAGUACCUCUCUUUCCACAUGGAGAUGUUGGUGCAUGUGGAUGUGGCCCACGCCUUCCUGCUGCUCUCAGACCUGCGUCGGAGGCCUGAGUGGGACAAGCAUUACCAGAGCGUGGAGCUAGUGCAACAGGUGGAUGAGGACGAUGCCAUCUACCACGUCAUCAGCUCCGCUCUUGGCAAUGACCCCAAGCCUCAGGACUUUGUGAUCCUGGCCUCCCGACGGAAGCCUUGUGACAACGGGGACCCCUAUGUUAUUGCACUGAGGUCAGUCACGCUGCCGACGCACCCUGAGACACCCGAGUACAGGCGUGGGGAGACCCUCUGCUCAGGCUUCUGCUUAUGGCGCGAGGGGGACCAGAUGACCAAGGUGUCCUACUACAACCAGGCCACCUCGGGCUUUCUCACCUAUGUGACCACCAAUGUGGCCGGCCUCUCCUCUGAGUUCUACGACACCUUCAAGGCCUGCGAGAAGUUCCUUCUGGACAACCGGAAUGACCUGGCCCCCAGCCUCCAGACCCUCUAG